CUUUGGGGUUUUGACACAGAGGGUUUCUAUGAUUUUUGAUAGCAUUUUGCGACUUUUCCCACUCAAUUCUUCCGCAAACAACAGCGGGAGAAGCUGUCUGUGCAACAGAAGUCACAGCAACGACGCACUCACAUGCUGCGUUAACGUGCUAGUUGGAACGAGGAAACUUGGACAUUUCCUGGUUGCACUCGUGUAUAACUACAACCUAUUAGCAAGUCGACAUUUCCGAGUUUCUUAGUUCUGACUAGCACUUGAACGUGGCAACAAUCAGAGAAGCAUAACGUGUGGCGGAAGAGGGCGAAAACACGAUGUGGGGUCCGCAGUUGUGCCGCAUCAAGGCAAAUUCGUGAUGUGACGUCGUCGCGGAAACGGCAAAACGUAAUCCAGCGUCUUUUAGCGACAAAUCAAGGAGCCAAUAGCAGUAAUCACUGAAAAAUAGUCGGCAAUACUGCACGGUGUCAACGUGCUUUUCAUGGUAGGAUCGCGUAGUAAACAGGCAGAGGUGCGAGUGGAGCUCAUUACUACUGAAGAAUUAUAUGCACAUUUCACAAGAAAUCGCUGUUCGUUGAAUGAAGCUUUACCGACUAGAAAAUAAUAUGCAUACAUUUAGAUGAUUAUGCUGCUGGUUUGCAAAUCUAGGACAACGUGAUCUCGAGGAACAAUAAAUCAGCUUUUUUUUAUCCAUGGUGUUUGCAAGUUGUAAAGAGAUGGAUGGUAUCGGGAACACAAUGCAGAAGAAGGCUGCGGAGCUCGAGCGCAUGGCCGAGGUUCUGGUCACCGGAGAGCAGCUGAGGCUGCGUCUCCAUGAAGGGAAGGUGGUUAAGGACCGCAGGCAUCACCUGAGGACGUAUCCCAACUGCUUUGUGGCCAAGGAGCUGAUCGACUGGCUGCUGGAGCACAAGGAGGCGUCAGACAGAGACACAGCCAUCAAGAUCAUGCAGAAACUCCUGGAUCAAAGCAUCAUCCAUCACGUUUGUGACGAGCACAAGGAGUUCAAAGACAUGAAGCUGUUCUAUCGCUUCAGGAAAGAUGACGGGACGUUUCCGCUGGACAACGAAGCCAAGGUCUUCAUGAGGGGACAACGGAUAUAUGAAAAACUGAUGAUGAACACAGAGACGUCCAUCCUAGCGACUCGGGAAGAAGAGGGUGAGACGUUUGAACGGACGCUGGUGGCCUCCGAGCUUGUUGAUUGGCUGCUGGCGGAGGGAGAGAUGGCGACCCGAGAGGAGGCGGAGCAUCUUGGACGGAGGCUUCUAGAACACGGGAUCAUGCAGCAUGUGACCAACAAGCACCACUUUGUGGAUGGAGGGCUGCUGUACCAGUUCAGACUGAACUUCAGAAGGAGACGGCGUCUGAUGGAGCUGCUGAACGAGCGCUGUCGUACCAUCCCAGAGAGCCAUGACAGCCCCUUCUGUCUCCGCAAACAGAACCCAGACGGAGGCAACACCAGCUUCCUAUCUGUGAGUCCCACUAAAGAGAUCAAGUUGAUAGUGGGUAUCCGUCGUAGCAGCAUGAGCAGCAGCUGUGGUAGCAGUGGUUACUAUAGCAGCAGUCCCACCCUCAGUAGCAGCCCCCCGGUGCUCUGUAACCCAAAGUCAGUGUUGAAGAGACAAGUGAGUCCUGAGGAGCUGCAGACCCCAGGAGGCCCUUACAUAAAGAAGACAUUCACAAUCGUGGGGGAUGCAGUGGGCUGGGGCUUCGUGGUGCGGGGCAGUAAGCCCUGCCACAUCCAGGCUGUCGACCCCAGUGGUCCCGCAGCUGCAGCUGGAAUGAAGGUGUGUCAGUUUGUGAUCUCGGUCAACGGGCUAAACGUGCUGUCUCUGGACUACAGGACAGUCAGUAACCUCAUCCUGACCGGGCCCAGGACCGUUGUCAUGGAAGUCAUGGAGGAAGCAGAUUACUGAAGAGGCAGGCUAUCACGUGGCAGGGGGCGUGGCUGAGCAGAGUAGACCCAAGGCAGACCCUAAAGGCACCAUAGAGAUAGAAGUGCCUUUAUGGAACUCUAUGGGAAACUCUCUGAGCUUCUAACUCUAUGGGGAAACUCUCUCUGGGCUUCUAACUCUAUGGGGAAACUCUCUCUGGGCUUCUAACUCUAUGGGAAACUCUCUCUGGGCUUCUAACUCUAUGGGGAAACUCUCUCUGGGCUUCUAACUCUAUGGGGAAACUCUCUCUCUGGGCUUCUAACUCUAUGGGAAACUCUCUCUGGGCUUCUAACUCUAUGGGAAACUCUCUCUGGGCUUCUAACUCUAUGGGAAACUCUCUCUGGGCUUCUAACUCUAUGGGAAACUCUCUCUGGGCUUCUAACUCUAUGGGGAAACUCUCUCUGGGCUUCUAACUCUAUGGGGAAACUCUCUCUGGGCUUCUAACUCUAUGGGGAAACUCUCUCUGGGCUUCUAACUCUAUGGGGAAACUCUCUCUGGGCUUCUAACUCUAUGGGGAAACUCUCUCUGGGCUUCUAACUCUAUGGGAAACUCUCUCUGGGCUUCUAACUCUAUGGGAAACUCUCUCUGGGCUUCUAACUCUAUGGGAAACUCUCUCUGGGCUUCUAACUCUAUGGGAAACUCUCUCUGGGCUUCUAACUCUAUGGGAAACUCUCUCUGGGCUUCUAACUCUAUGGGGAAACUCUCUCUGGGCUUCUAACUCUAUGGGGAAACUCUCUCUGGGCUUCUAACUCUAUGGGGAAACUCUCUCUGGGCUUCUAACUCUAUGGGGAAACUCUCUCUGGGCUUCUAACUCUAUGGGGAAACUCUCUCUGGGCUUCUAACUCUAUGGGAAACUCUCUCUGGGCUUCUAACUCUAUGGGAAACUCUCUCUGGGCUUCUAACUCUAUGGGGAAACUCUCUCUGGGCUUCUAACUCUAUGGGAAACUCUCUCUCUGGGCUUCUAACUCUAUGGGGAAACUCUCUCUGGGCUUCUAACUCUAUGGGAAACUCUCUCUCUGGGCUUCUAACUCUAGGAAAGACUCAGUCAAGCUCUGCCAGCCACCACCCACUGUCUCUUUCCUAUUGGACACUGCUUCCCUCUGUAGGCCUCCAAUAGAACUGCUUGGAGAAGAGAGGGGACAUUAGCUACUCUGUUAGAUACACACAUCUUGUUAUUGUCCUCCUGUCUCAUCUGUCUAGUUGAUGUUGAGACGGCAGAUGGACCCUGAUAACAUAACAGCCCCCUGCUCCAUGAUUAGGGAGCUGUGCUCUGCUGUCCCCUUCUGGGUUCUCACGGUCUCCUGUGGGCUGGGCUGGGUUUCUUUAUGUAUUGAUGGUACUACCUACCCAUGUAUGAAGCUGUGUGGGGAGAGACACUUCUGGACCUGUCUAGAUCUGUCUUUCUCCAUCCCAGGACGAGAUGUGAAGUUCAAGACAGACCUGAAGGAGACAGACAGCAUAUCAUCCAGGACAGACCUGAAGGAGACAGACAGCAUAUCAUCCAGGACAGACCUGAAGGAGACAGACAGCAUAUCAUCCGGGACAGACCUGAAGGAGACAGACAGCAUAUCAUUCGGGACAGACCGGAAGGAGACAGACAGCAUAUCAUUCGGGACAGGAGUGUGAAGCAUUAGCAAGUGACUGUUCAAUCCGCUGCGCCACAUGAUAAUGCAAACCACGUCCAACUAAUCCACAGCUAUUUGGGUGUGUAACACAGAUACCAACCUGGUUACACUGUGUAGUUGUGUAUAGAUCACUCACUAUACAUUGUGGUAGUUGUGUGAAGUUGGCCUUCGUUUAACCAAGCAAACAGGGUUGAAUAAUGUUCAUGUUUAUGCAGGACUAAUUGUUGUCAAUGAUGUGUCUUUUCCCAGUACACUUAGGGCGAGUUUCCCGGACAACAAAUCCUGGACUAAAAAGUCUAAAUCAAUGGAUAAUCUCCAUUUGAAAGUGUUUUUUUUUUUUUUAAGUCCAAGAUUAUUCUUUGUUCGGGAAACCGUCCCUUGAAGACAAAGUAGGUAGCUACUAGCUAGUUAAUGAGGUAACACUUGACUGGAUGGUUCCGUUCUACUGUCUGUAGGGCUGAAUAUCAUGGUUAUAAUUACCACAUAAAGGAUAUGACUCAGUAUGUAGACAAAAAGCUUGUGCUACUAACAACUACCUUCACUCUGUCAUGACACAACAAACCAUUACCCAUCAGGCCCCUUUCCCAGACAUGCUUUUUGCCUAGUCUUAGACUAGAAAGCAAGCUGAAUGGAGAGUCUCUGUUGAAAGAGCUUUUUAGUCCAGGGAAACUGCUCGUAGUGAUAUAAAUGGGGUGGUUUGCAUAGUUUUCUAAGAUUUAUAAUGUGUAAUGACCGUGAUGAGUCCGUUUUUCUAGCACCGGCAUUGAGGCCUAUGACGACACCCACCUGUUACCGUUAGCCGAAUGUUAAUGUCGUAUAUCCACUAUAGUCCCUAGUCUUUCAAAAGUGGCAUGUUCUGCACUACCGUAAAUUCUAUAAUAUAUGGAUAUGUUAACAUAUAUAUUUAAUGUAGAUCUAUGUAUGGAUUUAGGCUGACUAAGGCACUUUAAAUAUGAAAAUAACUGUUUGCAUCAGUUUGUUUUCUAGUUAAAAUGUCAAAUUGUUAAUGUGUUAAGACGUCACAAUACUGUACCAUCCUGAAACAUAAACGUAUUAAGAAUUAGCAACCCAUUUUAUUUGCCAUCAGACCCGAUCUACUUGUAUUUAAGAAGGAAAAAGGGUUUUAUUUCGGUAGCUAGCUGUGAAUUUAAAGUAGAAGAACUAUUGAUGGCAUGAGAAAAACAAUCUAUGGCAGUAUUUAAUAACUGUAUGAUAACAGAAUCAUCUGUAGUUCAGUGUACCAGGUCAACUGUUGUCUUAUGACAUCACUUCCUGGUCAGAUAAAGUAGCCUAGAUUCAUUGUAAGAUUUAAUAAUAAAAAAAUAGCAGUACAAGCUCUAUGUUCUUCAUGUUCACCUUUCUUCAAUAUGCGGUGUUGUUAUUUACCAUAAUGUCAAGCCUCAAAUCAUAGGUUUGGUUUUUUUUAUUUGGAAAACAACAGUCACUUUGACAAGCUAGGAUUCUGUCCCUUUUUUAAUAAUGUGGUUAAAUGUGUAAAGCAACGAAAUGCAUAAUUCAAGAAACUAUGUAAGUGUAUGAAAUGCUUGCUUACAAUCCAGGGUUCGUUUUUCAGGACUGAUACAAUAUCAUUGGUUAGCUCUCACUAAGAACAUUAGACAUCAGUGAUUGGGUGAAUGGCUGCUCUCACUAAGAACAUUAGACAUCAGUGAUUGGGUGAAUGGCUGCAUUGCAUGAGGUUUUCUGGUAUAUAUUUUUACCCAUUUCUACUCCUCCACGUAGUUUCACUGUUGUUCUGUAAUUAAUUAUUGGUUCUGUCAUACAAGGAAAGGCUUGUGUUGUUUGUUAAGCAAGAACUUAGAGAAAUGCACAUUACGAUGAGUCAUUUUAUACUAAAGCUGUUUUGGGUUACACUUUACUGAAAGCAUCCAGGUUAAAAUGCAUGAUAACUUGUUAUUAGCAUGAGCCUUUUAUAAUGUCUUAUCAGACUUAUAAAAAUGCUCAUCAUGUAUUAACACCUGUGUGCUUUAAACGGACACAAUGACCAGAAAGAGCUGGAAAUCCAGUCAUUAUUGGACUUUUAAUGUGCCAAGUUAUAAUCUUGAAACAUUUGCCUUAAUAACUUUUGAUUUUGCUGCUAGUCAUCUAAUAUUUGAAUAUCUUCUGUUAUCCAUAAAGGGUUCACUAUGCAAUCCUCUUCCUGAUCUGUCUUACUAUACUAACCUUCUGCUGCUUAUUUUACAGACUGAUCAUCUUUUAUUUCUUGACAAUCAGUGUUCUCUUGAUACACAAGGUCUGCGUUCCAAAUGGUAGUGCACUACUUUUGACCAGGGCCCAGUGGGGGGUUAUAUCACUAUAUAGGGAAUAGAAUGCCAUUUGAGACGCAACCGAGAUCUGAACAGCACAUAGACUGACGACAGAACGGAUAGAGCUACAACCUGCCACGUACUCUCUGCUUCCUAGCAGGUUUUACUCAUGGUAAUGAAUCAAUGACUUUUUGAUAAAAAUAAAAAUCAGUUUAUUUUUACCAGUCAGCAGCUCAUUUAAAGGGAUUCAUUAAUCUACAGAUCCUUAUGUUCAUUAAUAAUCUAUGUAGAUUUAAUGAUCUAGAUGAUAUAGUCACUGCGUGAGCCCAGAGUGUAAAGGCUUUAAUAGCAGGUUGUGUACAUACAUUUGAUAAAAUACAUUGUGUGGAUAAAUGAAUGUCAGGACAAUGAGAAUAAAUAAGCUCACAUAUGGUAUCACGUCUGUUGUGCAAUGCAGCUAAAGGCAUACAGUUCAUAUGUAAAGUUCAAAUGUAAAGUUCAUGUGUUUAAAUAAACAUACUGGUUUGGUUCAAAA